AUGAAAGUUGAUCCAUCUUAUUUCAGCUCCAACCAAAGCACCGUCCCGGAAUUCAUCUUGUCCAGCAUAUCUUCCAUCUAUGAGGUCCGACUGCUCCUGUUUAUCACAUUUACUGUUGUCUACAUCAUCACCGUCUUCGGCAAUGGGGUCAUCGUAUUGGUCAUACAGUUGAAUGCUCGCCUGCAGACACCUAUGUAUUUUUUCCUGACCCACCUUUCCUUUCUGGACAUCUGUUACUCCUCGGUCACCGUCCCUAAAUUGCUGGAUAUCCUCCUCGCCGACAACAGGCGAAUGCCAUUUGUCGGCUGCAUUUUGCAGAUGUAUCUCUUCCACGUCCUGGCGAGCUCGGAGAUGUUUCUUCUCACCGCCAUGGCAUACGAUCGAUAUGUGGCGAUAUGCGACCCUUUACGUUAUGCGGUCCUGAUGAGGAGAGCGGUGAGCUUGCCGCUUGGCGCCUGUGCCUGGCUGGGCGGGUUCGUCCAUUCUACGUUUCACACCGCCUUCAUUUUGCGACUCUCCUUUUGCGGACCGAACCAAAUGGACAAUAUCUUCUGUGACGCCACCCCGCUGAUUAAAUUGUCGUGUUCGGACGCGACGCUUGACGAGAUCAUGCUGACCGUGACGCCGGGAAUUCUGGGUCCCUCUUGCUUUAUGGUUGUUCUCCUGUCUUAUGGUUACAUCAUAAGAAACAUCUUGAAAAUGAAAACCAGGGAAGGACGGAGUAAGACCUUUUCCACGUGUGCCUCACAUCUAAUAGUGGUUUCCAUAUUCUACGGCACGGGUAUUAUUGUCUAUCUGCAGCCCAUGUCUGUCUACUCGUCCGCCAAUCGCUUCAUUACGGUUUUCUACGCCGUCAUCACGCCCAUGUUAAAUCCUAUCAUCUAUACAUUGAGGAACAAGGACGUCAAAGGGGCAGUUCAGAAGAUGCUGCUCCAGCAGAACAUUGCACAGAAAAGUAACAUUGUGACGGUUUCAUGA